GCACGGUUUUCAGAUCUAAUCAGGUCAUCAUCUGCAGCCCAAUGACAGAGCCGUCGUCAGCAGAGUGGGGCUCUGGCCUCUUUGACUGCAUGGAAGACAAGUUGUCUUGUUGCUAUGCUCUUUGGUGCUGGCCAUGCUAUGCGAUCACCAUUUCAAAAUCACUUGGAGAGAACCCUUUCCUCCCGAUUUUGGACAUGUGCUCCCCUGGGGCACUAUCCAUCCUCGGGAUACCAUUGUUUGUUGCUCCCGUAGCCUUGUCAUUCAGGAUUACCAUGAGAAAGAAAUAUGGAAUUGAGGGGACUCUCCAGAGAGACAUCGUACACACUUGUUUCUGCAACCUAUGUGUCUGGUGUCAGAUUGAUCGUGAGCUAAAACAUCGUAAGAAUAGCUCUACUGUGCUAUCUCAAAAUCCUGUGACUGCACAACCUGGAGCCACUGGAAAAUAAUUGUAACAAAAAGUACAAAAUUAAAAUAGAUGCACCUCAUGUACUUAUGUAUUUCCCUUUCUCUUACUUUCUGUUACAAUAAAGAGUUUUAGCGACUUUCUGUUUUUAAAACAAAUAUUUUUAUUGAAAACAAUAAAAAUGUGAUGUAAUGUAAUUAUGAUUCAACUAUUUGAAAAUUGUACUGCACUCCUGGAUUAUGUUUGGGUACAAAGUCAAUAUUGUGACUGUUAUUCAUCUACCUGGCUAUAAAUCUAAUGGCUACUAAUGUGUGCAUGUAAGUAUCUCUC